ACACAGUCUUAUAAUCUUCCUAUUUGAAAGGAACUCUUGAUCCUACUCCAUAGCAUGGUCUAUCUGGGCGAGGGAAUAAGCUGUUAACAUGUUGUUAUCAAUCAGACUUGCAGGUGCGCAAUCUAUGUAUUUAGGCUCAAACAGCUUGCACAUUUCGGACUGGGAUUUUCGCCCAAUAAAUAGUUAACUCGAUAUCUAAGUAAAGUGGGGAUGUUGCCUACUUUCUGUUUGUGGGUUCAAGAAGGUUACUUUCAACCUGGCCUUGUUCUUUAUAAGCUGCAACUAUUGAAUCAUUUGAUUUCUGAUCCGCCCUUUCUAGUGCCUCAUAUUUUGACAGAACAUUUGGCACACAUUACAUACCUCGUCGAGAACAAGAGCCACUGUUUCUAGAGGGCAGGACUCUUUCUGUCCGUUUUUGCACUUCUCUUCUAAAGCUAUCGCCAGUGUCCAUAUAUAUGACCAUGAACUCUCAUCAUGGGAAGAACAAAGAAGUUUCUCAAGAGCCUGACGUUUUGAUUAUUGGAUCUGGCCCUAUUGGGGCUGUGUACGUCAGGAAGCUCAUAGAUGCUGAUAAAGAUAUCAAAAUUUUAAUGGUGGACAUGGGAGAGCAGGGCACGAGAUUGAUCGGUGAUCAUAAAAAGAACAAUAUCGUCGUCCAAAAAGAAAUUAGUCGCUUUACAAGUCAACCCGUCUAUAGCACGAUUCAAGGUGCAUGGUCUCUACUGUCAGUACCAGUAAAUAGUUCAUCUACGUCUUUCGAUUCCGUUAUUUCAUCAGUUCAUGAAAACCCUGAGCAAUCACCCUACGACAAUCUGCCGGCUGCUCCCGCAAUCAGAGAAGUCGGAGGAAUGGGCUCUUACUGGACCUGUUCUACACCGGAACAGCAUCCUAUCGUGGAGAGGUCUGAUAUUUUUUCAGACGAAGAAUGGCAGACUUUAUACGACGAUUCAAAGGCUCUGUUACACACGACUGAUACAGCAUUCAACCAUUCAGUCCGUCACAAUCUCGUCAAAAGUACUCUUUGUCAAGCGAACAAGAAUCGACAGUUUGUAAGCAUGCCCCUAGCAUGCCAGCGAAGCGCACGCAACCCAGACUAUGUGGAGUGGUCAUCUACAGCCACAAUUCUUGGUGCACUUGCUGACCCAAGGUAUGCCGGUGGAAAUUUUGAAUUAAAGGCUCAGCAUUGCUGUAAACGGCUUCACAUAGAUGCGACCUCCAGACGGGUCAUUGCAGCGGAGUUGGUGAAUUUACUGACAAACGAAACGGUACUGAUCAAAGCGAAGAAGUACGUCAUUUGUGCUGGAGCAGUUCUUACUACUGGAAUCCUGUUCAACUCAGAUAUCCGACCAGACAAGGGAUAUCCUGCUCUGGGACGGUACAUGACCGAGCAAAUCGUGAGCUUCUGCCAAGUCGUCCUCAAAAGAAGUCUAAUCGAGAGGACUUGGGAUGAUCCACGGUGCACAGAACACUUCAGGCACUUUCCCAAUGACCCUUUGCAUAUCCCAUUCGAUGAUCCUGAUCCCCAGGUCACCAGUCCGCUUUCAGAGGAACACCCAUGGCAUACACAGAUUCAUCGCGAUGCAUUCAACUAUGGCAAUGUGCCUUCUGGAAUUGACCAGCGACUCAUUGUUGACCUGAGAUUUUUUUCCUACGUCAAACCUGUCUAUGAGAAUUAUGUCGAGUUCUCAUCCAAGAUCAACGACAAAUUUGGCAUGCCCCAGCCAACGUUCCACUAUCGUACUAGCGACGACGACGCUGAACGCGCGCAAGCUAUGAUGAAAGAUAUGAUAAAAAUUGCAUCUGAUCUUGGAGGUUUCCUUCCCGGCAGCGAGCCUGGAUUUCUCGCUCCAGGCGCAGCGCUGCACAUUUGUGGGACGACAAGGACAGGGAAGCAGGACGACGGACGCUCUGUCGUGAAUAAGCACUCCAAACUUUGGCGUAUGGAUGACUUGUUUAUCGGUGGCUGCGGUGUAAUUCCCACCCAAAAUGCUUGUAAUCCGACUCUGACGGCGGCUUGCUUUGCCAUUGUCGGAGCGAAGAAGAUUAUCGAGGAAUUGCAUGAGAUUCAUAGCCAACAGAAGGAACUGUAGACUCAAACAAGGACCAACGUAGCCGUAG